GUUCCCGCCCGUGGGGUCAGAGGUCAGGCCGGGAGCACGGGCCGGAGGCUGAGGGACACAUUUCUUCCCCACCCCCCCCGGACACAAACCCUCACACAGAGCGAGAGACAGACAGACAGAGAGAGAGAUAUGUCCCACUGCCGGCGGCACGGCAAAGACAAGGUCAUUUUUGUCACCAAGGAGGAUCACGAAGCUCCCAGCAGUGCUGAGUUAAUUGAGGAUGAUCCCAAUGACCCUUAUGAAGAGCACGGUCUGAUCCUGCCAAAUGGCGACAUCAAUUGGAACUGUCCCUGCCUGGGAGGGAUGGCAAGUGGUCCAUGUGGGGAGCAGUUUAAAUCGGCCUUCUCCUGUUUCCACUAUAGCAAGGAAGAGGUGAAAGGCUCUGAUUGCCUGGAGCAGUUCCGAACGAUGCAGGAAUGCAUGCAGCGCUACCCAGACCUGUACCCGCAAGACGAAGAGGUGGAGGAGGAGGAAGAAGACAGCAGCAAAGUGAAGACUGAUCUUCCAGCACAAGAGAUACCGGCCUCCCAGACUCAGGGCUCCAGCUAAUAGGAGGAGGGUGGGGGUCCUCCUAUUCCCCCAGACAACUGUCCCCUGUUCACCCCUUCUGUUCCCCUCCCCUCUGCCCAUGUCUCUAAAUCGUCAAGCCAAUGCCAAACAUCAGAAAGAGGGAACAAAAACAAAAAUUGCUGGGAAAAAUUCAGCAGGUCUGGCAGCGUCUGUGGAGAGAAAGCAAAGUUAACAUUUCGAGCCCAGUGACCCUUCUUCAGAACUGCAUCUCCACAGAUUCUGCCAGAAUUUUUCCAGCAAUUUCCCGUUUUUGUUUCUGGUUUCCAGUAUCUGUAGUUCUUUGGUUUUUUGAAAAUUUUUGAUUUUGUGUGUGGAAGGUGUUCUCUUGCACUGCAAAGGGGCUGGAAUGAAGCAGAUCAGAUUUAUUAUUUGGGGGAGGGCAACUCACUUUGAGGGCCAGUACAUGGUAAGUGGCACCAUAGCUCCAAAUGUUGACAGUGGGGACCAGGCUGAGUGUUGCUAUUGUAGGAGGGGUAUACAGCCCUGGUUGGGUGGGGAGAGGGGGAGUUGAGAAGGAGCAAAUUCAAUCCUUGAAUCGCACUGAGCUGUUACCCGGUGUAACGAUCUCCCUCCUAACAAAAUGCAGGAAACAAUUGUGAUCUAGUAAAUUAAAGAUAUUUUUACCUUGUA